CUGUCACUGGCCACCCUUCCUGUGUCCUCCUGCAGGUUGCGGGGUGAAGAAGGUGAGCGUGGUCAACAUGAAGGCGAGUCAGUACGUUCCCAUCCACAGUAAACAGAUCCGAGGUCUGUCCUUCAACAGACAGAACGACAGUCUGCUGCUGUCUGCAGCUCUGGACAACACCAUCAAACUCACCAGUCUGCUGACCAACACGGUGGUUCAGACCUAUAACGCAGGGAAACCCGUGUGGAGCUGCUGCUGGUGUUUAGACAACAGUAACUACGUCUACGCAGGUCUAAGCAACGGCUCGGUGCUCAUCUACGACACCAGAGACACCAGCACGCACGUCCAGGAGCUGCAGCCGCUCCGCUCCAGGUGUCCGGUGGCGUCUCUGUGCUAUGUCCCGCGGGCGGCGUCCAGCUCCUUCCCCUGUGGCGGUCUGAUCGCUGGCUCUCUGGAGGGCGGCUGUUUCUGGGAGCAGGUCAACGAGACCACAUACAGACCGCAUGUCCUGCCGCUGGAGACCGCCGGCUGCACCGACAUCCAGGUGGAGACAGAGAGCCGACACUGUCUGGUCACCUACAGGCCAGGCCGCUCCAACCCGUCCCUGCGCUGCGUCCUGAUGGCGCUGAACAGGACGCCUCAGCAGGACUCCAGUCAGCUGCCCAGCUGCUCCUGCGCUCCGGUGCAGACGUUCAACGCCGGCUCGUCCUGCAAACUGCUCACCAAGAACGCCGUUUUCAAGAGGCCGGACGGAGGCGGGACGCUGGUCUGCGCCGGGGACGAGGCCUCCAACUCCACCAUGGUUUGGGACGCCGGCAGCGGCUCUCUGCUCCAGAAGCUUCCGGCCGACCUCCCGGUGUUGGACAUCAGCCCGUUCUCGGUGAACGGCGAGCACUUCCUGGCCUCGCUCACCGAGAAGAUGCUGAAGCUCUACAGGUGGGAGUGAACGGGACGGACUUCACAAACUUUGGAAAAACAAAAAAAACAAAAAACACACACAAACUCAGUCGGAGGGCGCGAGUAGAUGACGCAGUCUGUCUUCUACUGUGGAAAAAUCUAAAAGCUGCUCAACUUUUAUCUGUUUACACGCGCAAAAAAAAAAACCUGGACCAACCCGAGGAAACAUUUUUGGUUUAUUUUUCUUU